AUGGAAUACAGAAAUGAAAUUGGUGGCACUAUCAUUGCUUUAUUAUUUGCCUACUACUCUUUGGAAACACUUGUGUCGAAAUGGUAUAUACGACAGGAAUUAAAGAAACAUGGCUGUCAAUCCCCUCCUAAAUAUCCCAACAAAGAUCCGAUUCUUGGGCUCGAUCUUUUCAUCGACAAUUUCCGUCAAAUGAUUAAGUCGAAUCUACUCAAUACCUGGGUAAAUCGCUUCCAAACUUAUGGGAAUACGCUCUCGGCGAAAGUUCAAACCAAACAUGCUAUCUGUACUGUCGAUGCGAGGGUUCUGCAAACUGUUCAUGCUCUAAACUUUACUCAUUAUGGUGUUCAGCCAUUGCGUCAACCUCCUACUUUGCCAUUUCUUGGUGAAGGGGUGUUCACUAUGGAUGGUCCAUUUUGGGAACAGUCCAGAGCCUUGAUUCGACCUACCUUUACCAAAUCAAAUGUUGCCAAUCUUCCAGCGUUCGAAGUUCACUUUCAGAAAUUUCUUGCGUUAGUCCCAACAGAUGGAACCAAGGUUAACUUGAAACCACUUUUAAAUAAACUGAUUUUCGACACAUCUACGGAGUUUCUUUUCGGAGAGUCCAUGAAUACACUAUCUCCCGAGACCCCAUUCCAAACAGAAGAGUGCCUCGCAGCUUUUGACUAUGCUAUAAGAGGCAUGGGAAUCCGCUUCCAACUAGGACAUCGAUAUGUAGAUAAAGCCAUGGAGUUUCGGCGCAGCUAUCUAGCUGCCCGGGAAGAAAAACAAAAAGGAAAACUAGAAGAUUCGGAUUCAGAAGAAGAUGACAACAAUGGUAAUCAUCGCUAUGUAUUGUUGCAUGAGAUGGCAAAACAGACAGGUAGUCGUGACGAUCUUCGAAACCAAAUCCUCCAAGUCUUCUUAGCAGGUCAUGAAUCUUCCGCUAUCACGAUUGGUAACGCGAUUUUCCAUCUUUGUCGAAACUCCGAGAUGUGGAAGAAACUUCGGUCUGAAAUUCUUGCAGAGGGUGAUAAGCCAUUCACAUUUGAGUCGCUGAAGAAUCUUCACUAUCUGCAGUAUGCCAUCAAGGAAAUAUUACGUUUACAUCCCGUUGCUCCCACCGAUACAAGAAUUGCCUUGCAAGACACCAUACUGCCCACUGGAGGCGGUCCGCAAGGCACCUCACCUAUCCUCGUGAAAAAGGGUCAGAUAGUUUUUGCUUCUUUCCACGCCCUUCACAUGCUGGCACCUUGCUUCCAACCUGACCCAGAUAUCUUUCGGCCAGAGAGAUGGGAGACGGUGCGACCAGGGUGGAACUAUCUUCCCUUUAUAGGAGGACCGAGGAUGUGUCCUGGUCAGAAUUUGGCUUUGACGGAAACGGCGUAUGUACUAGCGAGGAUGGCACAAGAAUGGAGAGAAAUAAACUGUAAAGACGAGGUGAUGGAGUGGGUGGAACUAAUGACCGGAGUUGCAAGUAGUAAGAAUGGAAUCAAAGUAGGCGUCGUUGUGUAA